AGCGUGACCCGUUUGAUCUGACGAGAUCUCCAAAAUAACAGUGUGAUAUCAAUGAAAUGGUUAAUUAGGCGACAGAAACCGCCCGUGAUUACAUUCUUGGCGGAUUAUAUCAGACUACCGGACACCAACACAAACUCAACACACACCCACACACACACACCCCAAACUAUCUCACACAUCAACCCUUCAGUGGACGUUUCACGGGUCUUUGUUUCUGAUCUGUUUAAUCCCACCCACUUGACUCGAGCACAGAAGAGGGAAAAAAAAAAAACGUGAAAAUCCCUCACAGUGCCCAAGCCGCCAGCGCCCAGUCGCUGUUGCCUCAACUGCCUACUGGACGAGAACCAUGGAGACGGAGAACUGUUUGCCUUUCUCCGCCCAGAGCGGCGGGAGGACACCGGCCAACUCUCCGGGACUCGAGCGCGGCGGCGGAGGCAGUGGUUCCGGCUCCGGCUCCUUUCUCCCUUGCGACGAUCUGCAGAAACCCUCCCAUCAUCCUGCUCCACAUCCUGCUGUGGCGUCGCUUCCUCACCGUCUCGGCCUGCGCGGGGACCUGUACGCAGCCGCCUCCAUGGGCAGGUUUGGAGAUGCUGCGGACUUUACGCACAGCUCUGCGGCCGCGUCUCCUCCCAAACAUGGCAAGUUUCUGGACAGUUUAAACCCGGACCACAAAGCGUUGAUAAGCGACAAGGCGACAUUUUAUGAAAGCAGCUCAGACGUCAGAGAGAAAGGCGCUCUAAAAGCUAUGGUCUAUCCUGGGAUCGGCCCAGACUGCUGCGGCAAGCUGAAGGAGCAGAGCGGCGGCCUGCAGGGCGACUCCAUCGCCGACUCCAUAGACUUAUCAGGGAAAAGCAAGAAGCGGCGCAACCGGACCACCUUCAGCACCUUUCAGCUGGAGGAGCUGGAGAAAGUGUUUCAGAAGACACACUACCCCGAUGUAUACGCCCGAGAGCAGCUGGCUCUGAGGACGGAGCUCACCGAGGCCCGGGUUCAGGUGUGGUUCCAAAACCGUCGAGCCAAAUGGAGGAAACGGGAACGCUACGGGAAAAUCCAGGAUGUCCGCAACCAUUUUGCAGCUUCUUACGAUAUUUCUCUUCUCCCUCGUCACGAUGCAUAUCAGAUGCAGGGCAACCUGUGGCCAGCCACUGCUUCAGCUGCAGGGGGCAGUUCAGGUGCGGCCUGCGUCCUAGGAGCCGACUCCAUCCCAUCGUCCUGCAUGAGUCCAUAUCCUCACCCCCACAGCAACUUGCAGGGCUUCAUGAGCAUGCCUGCCUCCCCCAGCCACCCGCAUCACCACCACCACCACCCGCCUCACCACCACGGCAUCAACGGCCUAUACUCCCUCCACAGCUUCCCGGGAGGCCUCGGCCCGCCCGCCAUCGAGGGGCCAGAGGGCGACUACAAACCAACGGGUUUGGUGGCGCUGCGAAUGAAAGCCAAAGAGCCGGGCAGUAUCAUCUCCUGGCCCACAUGACCAAAAGUGAUCCCCUUAGCACACUGACUGAGCCAAAGCACACACAGCCGCCGCAGAAACACACACCGCCCGCAUGUUUCACUCAUGCCGUUUUCACAGAACACCAUUGGAAAAGUGAUGGAUAUUUGGAAACACGGACACCUGUUUUGUCACCAGUUCCAGUUUCUUGUUACAGUGAUGGGAUAAAAGUGGAAGAAGUUAUUUAAGCAUGUAAAAAAGCUGUAAGUAUCAUAUUAAUCAGCGAUGAUCAGAAAUAAAGUCCUCCACUUACA